AGGCUCCUGACGUCUUUUGGCGCUCCAAUCGAGCAUUCCAUCGUCGAUGAAUCUCGACCUUCAUAGCCGUACUCAUUUCAUGAAGUUUUUAUUCAAAUAAGUCACCAGGCCCUUAAUAUGUGACCACUUUAAAUUCAAAAGAACUGCUCGUUCGGAAUUCUGUUUCGCUUCUUUGAUGAAAAAAGUUCUCUCUGCUGGUAAUCUCGACAAUUUCAUUUUCUGCUUUUGCGACGAUAAUUUCAUCCACACGCUAUGUAGUUAUUUUCUAGACCACACCUGUAGGCUAUUGAACCUCUCUUAGCAAAUAAGAUGGCAGACGAUCUCGGUUUCGGUGACUAUUCGUCUGAUGACGAGCCUCCUCUCGUGAAUGCCCCUGCGGCAAAGACAGAUGUGGCACCCCCAGCGACCACAUCUUCGUUGGCUAGUGCUGCUGCAGCCAAAGCGGCACCGAUCGUGGGCUCAAGCGCGGCCACCUCGAGCACCGGGCCUAAGCGGACGCCGAUGGGCCCGCCGAAAUUCAAUGUGAAAGCGCGCUCAGGCAACAAGGGCAAUGGGAAACGCGGGAAGACGAGAAAUUGGGCCGAGGAAGUGGCCUCGGCCGUACCAUCCUCGGACUUUGCAACAUCAACUAGUACUCGAGGACCAUCUUUUACUGCGGGAGAACAAAACCUUCUCCAUGACAAGAGAAAUGCUAGCGUCAAGCCUGAUGGCGUCAAUGCUAAUAAGUCAACAGACGGCGCUGGAGGAACUUCAACCUCUGUUCAAGACGCAGGAGCAGGAGCAGGAAUUAUACAGACAACUAGAAGUAGUAGUAAAGCAAUAGAUGAAAAAGACGACGAUGGCGAAGACGAGAGCAGCAGUGAUUACGGAGGUCCGAUGCCCGAGCAGAAGAAGGGAGAAGACGAAGACAUUUUUCAGAAGCAUUUUGAGAUCAAGGAGCGCCAUAAAAAGCCGAUCACCGCCAUGACGUUUGAUCAGAGUGCGUCCAUCAUGGUGUCCGGCUGCCUGGAUGGACAACUCCACUAUUUCAACUUUCACGGGAUGGAUUUGGAGUGCGAGCCCUACCGGUCCUUGAAUCCCGUGGAGUCGCACCCCAUUAAUUCGCUCGCCAUGCAGCACCGGACGCAGAAUCUCCUCGUGUCCUGUGCGGACACGCACGUGCGCAUUUACGGCACGGACGCAAUGACGGCGGAACCCAUCUGCACGACGGCACGGGGUGACAACAACAUGCGGGACACGCUACAAACCAAGGGACACACCACCGCGGUGAACCAGGCCCAUUGGCACUCCGAGAUGGAGAAGUGGUUUAUCAGUUGCAGCACCGACGGAACUUGCCGACUCUGGAACAUGCUAGGCAAACGGAAAGUAGGCCUCGACCAGCACUUAGCGCAGGAACACGUCUUCAGGGUAUUAUUUCUGACAUUCAUCAUAAAAUAUGACAGACAGACUGGUCAUUGUUCUUCCACUUCUUGAUGUGGUUGUUUAAUAGAGUCAUCUUUUCCUAUAAUUCGCAAUCGUAGCUACUAGAUGACACAACAAUCGCUUAAGCAAAAGGUCGCUUAACUAGUGACUUUCACCACUUGUGCGACACACGCAGGAACCGCUUAAGCGAUAGAGUCGCUUAACUAGUGACUCUCACCACUUAAGCGACACGCGGGAACCGGUUAAGCAAAAGGUCGCUUAACCAGUGACUGCACCACCUAAGCGAGGGAUGCCGUCACCUGUCAAGCCCGUCUUUCCUCAAAAGUAAUUGUAAUUUCUUCAGAGCUGUGGGCCAGCACCGAUGUGCUUUGCAGCAGUCAUCUCACUCCACUAACAAUGAAAUUAUUUCAAAAAUAAAUUCAACCUGAUGAUGAAUUUUAUCUAGUUGGUGCAAGUCUUUAGUCCUAGUGGACACCUCAAUCGUUACAAAAAACUUAACAAUGCCUACAACAAGGUACUAGACCGACGAAACUGCUUUGUUGGGGGUCCUCGCGGUGUGCACGCGACCGCCUGUGCGCUGGAUCCAGUUAGCUGCAAGAAGCUCGUUGCCGGGUGCAAUGAUGGCAGUUUGCAAUUGUUCUUCGUGGACAAGCCGGAUCGCAAGCCCCUGAUCCUGCGCAACGCGCACAAUGGGAGCAUUACAGAUCUGAAAUUCUUCGACGGGAAGCUGGUGUCGCGCAGCCGUGACGGGACCAUGAAAUUGUGGAACGCAGCGCACGUGUUCGGACCGAACCUGCAGCCCAUCCACGUGUGGUCCGACCUCCCGAGCGAGGACUCGGACAAGACUAACAUCGUCUUUCUCACGGACCUUCGCGGCGCGACGCCGCAAACACGCGAGAUGCAGACGCUAGUGGCAACCUGCUGUAACGGGUCUCGAAGCAGCGUCGAGAUCUUCAAUUUUGCCGAGCCGUAUCAGCGUGUGCAGGUGAUGUACUUAGAUCAGCCCGCGGUGUUCCUGGCCUAUCCGGUGGUGAGGGGGAACGAGUUCCGGAAUUGCGUUGAAGAUGCGCGCGAGCUGCAGGAGCUAGCAGCAGCGGAGAAGGCGAGACGCAAGCAGCUGCUGCAGGAGCAACAGGCCGCUUUUGGUGGCGUCAAGCGAAAAGCUCUCAAAGGUAAUAACGAUGACGAAGCAGCAGAUGACCUCGCUAGCGGAAGGGCUAUUGAAGCUUCUAAGACAAAAAAAAAUGACGCCUCUUCCUCGAGUGCCGCGUCUGGCGCGCAACCACAGCAUUUGGAUGCCGAGGAGAACAGCGAUAGCGAUAGCAACGAAGAGGAGAUUGAAGGAGCGAGCAUGCUGUUGUCGGACAGUUUUAAGAAACUGACGCAGUUGCCAGACUACGAGGCCAUUCAGCGAAAGCGAAAGCUUGCGCAGGAGGAAAAGAAGCGGCGCCGGAGAUUACGCCGAGCGCAGAAAGCACUUGGCGGGACCCUGGACGACCUGUUGCGGCAGUCUAAGCAAGAGGGCGGAAACCUUCAUGCGAUUCCCGAAGACGGAGACGCAAAUAUUAGGGGUAAUGGUCCAGCAGGUGCAGACGAAGAUGAGGACUUGACGUCGCUGGUGCAUCGCGAUCCCGAAAUUGCGCAGCGCGGACUCGGCCUCAUGCAGGCAUACCGGGAACAGCAACGCAUUGCCGGCAGCAACAAUCCGGACGCCGCUCUGCGUUCGAAAAAAGAUGCGCCACGACCUCUGCGCCAGCUGUUUGUCGGACUCCGCUCCGGAACGAUCCGUGUGUUGUACAACCCUACAUACAGCAAGCGGGGCGUUUUGCAUGCGCUCCUCGCUGGACGGGACAUGCAGCGCAAGAAAGAACAGAAAGUCGAACAGGAGAUGGGCUACGCCAUCUUCGCGGCGGACGACAAGGAUGCCUUCUGGCAAGCGGGGAUUCGCCUCAACCGAGACGGCAGCAUCCGCGAAAUGGGUUACAGAGGGAAGAUGCGCGUCAAAACGGAACUCGAACGCCGCGCUAAGGACGAAAGCGAGCUUACUGUCUUUAACAAGCCAGAACCCAUUGCGGACCCCUUCGAGCAAGAAAUGAUUGAGAGGGAGCGCAACGACCGAACGAAGCUCAGUGUAGUGACAAAGACGAUCCUUGGCAUGCAAGGGAUCACCCUCAACCAACAGGGAAAGGUAUCUUUACUAUUUUUUGCUAUUUUUUCCUUCAGAAUGAACUCAUCACUCGCGGACACUUGUUUUAUUUUAGGCCACAAAUACUUCCUCGAAAGUAGGCUAGAAACUACAACGUAUUUCAAUAUCUUGAGAAACUUUUGAUCACUUCAUGGCUUCCCGCUUUCUGUACAACAAGUCUUCUUCCUCGCUCGUCCUCCACUAAUUGAUGCUUUCUUUAUUAUUGAAUUUCAUUAUGUCCUUGUGUAGUCCUCUUCACACAUUCAUCGCUUUUUCCUUCUACCUGAAACAGGCCGUGAUGCCGGAUGGACUGACACGAUUGCACGAUGAGAAUCCGCAGGAAAUCUUGCAAAAGUUUCAGCCCAAGAAGGAAGAGGAGAUUGUCUAUAUGCGAGCCUACAAGGAUAACCCGACGAUUCUCGACUACAGCGCUGAAGACGAGAAUGAUCAGGCUGCACGCAUGUUGAGGGGUAAUCACUGCCCAAAAUGCGGGCGCAAGCUUUGUACCUGCGGUUACAUGAGGCAGCUGAAUGAGGAACAGGACGCGCUCUGCGAACCAGUCGCUAAAAGGAAUCGUGUGGCCUGAUGAAAUGAUCUAUGAUUCCAAGAAUGUGAAGGAUGCAGUGCAGAAGAAACCUUGAAUAUUAUGGUCGUGUCCCCGCACCAUGAGACUGUGGUGUACCAGCACCAUGAGACUGGCUCUCGGAAAGUUUCCACCUCCCUUUCCCUUUCACUCACCAACCAGUGAUAUUUUUCCUCCUUUCCGUCUCGCUCACAGAUUGCUGUUUUCAGAUAUAAUCGAGGUACAGUCCUCCGCAUAUGAUCCUAGUUAUGAAAAAAGGGUUUGUUCCAGAUCAAGAGCUA